AAAUUAGGAUUAUUAUCAUGGAUAUCCAUAAAGGAUAAAUCUUGAUGAGGUGUCUCAUAUUUGUCAUUUCCAUACACAAAAAUCACAAAAAAAAAAAAAAAAAGGAAGAAGAAAGAAGAAGAAGAGGCAGAAGAAAUUAAAAGAUAUGGCAGAAACAGCAGGAGGAGAGAAAUUUAUGGUCCCGAUGAUAAUAGCAAUGAAAGGGCAUCCCGGCACAGGCAAAACCACUUUAGCUCGCUCCUUGGCUUCUUCUCUCAAAAUCCCUCUCAUAGACAAAGACGACGUUCGCGACUGCACUUUUUUUCUCCAGAAUUCACCUUCUGUACCUACCGAACUCCUCAACGAUUUGUCGUAUCAUGUCGUUUGGCAAAUCGCCUCUACUCAACUCCAUCUUGGUCUCAGCGUUAUAAUUGAUUCUCCUCUCUCGCGUAGGUCGCACCUCGAUCAAUUAAUCCAUUUGGCAUCAUCAGCUGCCGCUCGCCUUGUGAUCGUUGAAUGUAAGCCGUUGGAUGAGGAUCAAUGGCGUCGAAGGUUAGAACAACGUGGUGCAGGUGAUGAAGCCAGUUGGCAUAA